UUUAAUUUGUGGUAAAAAGGAAUAGUUUUUUUAAAAAAAAAACAAUAUUACUUUUUUGACUAUAAUAAACAAAUAUUUAAUUUAAAAAAAUAAAACAAAAAAUUAAUUAAAUAAUUAGUAAAUUAUUAUGAAAAAAGAAUUAAAAAAGUCAAUUAAAAAAAGCAAUGAAUAAAUAUACGAACUAAUGAAAAGAUUUUUUCACAAUGAGUUCAUUAAAUUUUCUGACAAUUGGACUAAUUAUAAUAACUAUAAUUAAUUGUAAAAUAAAUGAUGGUGCAAGAAUUUUGGGAAUAUUUCCAUUACAAGGAUCAAGUCAUUUUGUAAUGUGUGAACGAUUAAUGAAAUUAUUGGCAAAAAAUGGACAUCAAGUAGAUGUAAUUAGUCAUUUUCCUCUAAAAGAACCAUUUCCUAAUUAUAAAGAUUUUAGUUUAAACGGUACAUUACAUCCAAUUGUAAAUAAUGUUAAUUAUUCAGAUAUACAUUUGUUUUCAACAAAAUCAUUAAAAAAUCUACUUCUCUACGCUGGUGAUAAAGUGUGUGAAUUAUUGAAACAUCCAAUUUUAGAAAAUUUUAUAAAAAACCCACCAAAUCAUCCACCUUACGAUCUCGUUAUCAUAGAGAUUUUCGCUGCACCAUGUUAUUUUGCAUUUUCACGUCAUUUAAAAAUUCCAAUUAUUGGAAUCACAACAUCGUCGAUUUAUGAUUGGAUUAAUGAGCCAUUGGGAAAUCCAACAAAUUUGGCUUUUGUUCCAUGUUUAUUCUCUAGUUUACCAUCAAAAAUGAAUUUUUGGCAACGACUAAUGAAUGUUGUUCUAUUUAAUCUAGUUAAAUAUCAGUUCAAUUAUUAUGCUGACAAACAAAAGCGAUAUAUUGAUGAAUCUUUUGGAGUUGGGUAUCCCAGCAUUUAUGAACUUUCAACGGAAUUUGAUUUGGUGUUUAUAAACUCACAUUACAGUUUAAAUGGAGUGAAACCAAUGACUCCUGCUAUUGUUGAGGUAGGAGGACUACAUAUCGACAAUAGCGGAGAUAAAUUGAUACCAGAGUUACAGCAAUGGUUGGAUGAAAGUAAUCAUGGAUGUAUUUACAUGAGUUUUGGCUCAAUGGUAAAAAUUGAAUCAUUUCCUAAAGAAAUUUUAAAAAUUUUCUAUACCACUUUCGAAAAUAUUGCACCUGUUCGAAUUUUAAUGAAAAUUGCCAAUAAAAUGGAAUUACCCCCUAGACUACCGAAUAAUGUCAAAACAUAUCAUUGGCUUCCUCAAAUUCAAGUAUUGAAGCAUAAAAAUGUGAAAGCUUUCGUGACUCAUGGCGGUUUGAUGGGGACAUUGGAGUCAAUUUACGCAGCAGUGCCAAUGGUCGGAUUUCCACUAUUCAACGAUCAAAUUCAAAAUAUCAAAAAAUAUGAGGAAAUGAAAAUUGCUAUUUUUCUAGAACACGAAUGUGUUACGUCAAAAAAAUUCACCUACGCUUUGAAUAUGAUUUUAAAAAAUCCCAAAUACAGAAAAAAUAUCAAAAAGUUAUCAAAAUUUUAUUUUGAUCGACUCAUGAAUCCUCAAGAUACGGUAAUUUUUUGGGUGGAAUAUAUUUUACGAAAUGGAAAUAUUUUGAGAUCUCGAGCAACUGACAUCAAUUUUUACCAAGUUGAAUUAUUCGAUAUUUAUGCUUUUAUAGCAAUUUUAAUAUUAUUAUUUAUUUAUUUAGCAUAUUUGAUAAUUAAAUUUAUCAUUAAAAUGAUUAUUUAACCAAAAGAAUUAAAUUGUAAAUAAAUAAUUGAAAACGCUA